AUGGGAAUGAAUCGACCGGUUUCGUCACGCUUCUUGACACCACAAAAUUCGGCGAGCUUUUCCCCGCCCGUUUGCUUCGGGAGCGUCAAGACAACCAUCGAUCCUUUUCGCAUACGGUUACUACUACUUCAGCGCGUUAUACAGCUUAAUCGAUUAUUGGAUGCCUCAGGGAUGAUGGACCGUUGCUCCCCUCGGCCUUAA